UGGAACCCCGAAAUAGAAAAGGGGGUUCCACUACACCAGCAAUUUUGAUCAGAAACAAACAACAAAGCGCUUGUCGAUGUUCAUUUUCAUUCAUUUUCCUUUAUGUAGUUUCAGUUUUCAGGCAACGGAGAAAGAAAGGUCUCUGCAAUUUAAAACCCUAAAAAGACAAAGGCAGAACCAGAAAUGGAGAUAGAGUUAGAGCCAAGAGUGAAGCCAUUAAGCUACAAAGUAAAAGGAAUGUCGAGAGAAUCUCCGUCGCAGAAAGCCUCUCACAUUCUCGACACUGACCUUCGCUCUCACUGGUCCACCGGUACCAACACUAAAGAAUGGAUCCUUCUAGAACUCGACGAACCUUGCUUGCUUUCGCAUUUACGGAUAUAUAAUAAGUCGGUACUUGAAUGGGAAAUAUCAGUUGGUUUGCGUUAUAAGCCUGAGACAUUUGUAAAAGUUCGCCCACGCUGUGAAGCACCUCGUCGUGAUAUGAUAUACCCUAUGAACUACACUCCAUGUCGCUAUGUACGAAUAUCUUGUUUACGGGGAAAUCCCAUAGCCAUUUUUUUCAUUCAGCUGAUUGGAGUUUCAGUGACUGGUCUUGAACCAGAGUUUCAACCAGUUGUAAAUCACUUGUUGCCAAACAUUAUAUCACACAAGCAAGAUGCUUCUGAUAUGCAUCUCCAGUUGCUUCAAGACAUGACAGACCGGCUGCUAGUUUUCCUUCCCCAACUUGAGGCAGAUCUAACUAGCUUCUCAGAUGCUGCUGAUCAGAACUUACGUUUUCUUGCAAUGCUUGUGGGUCCAUUGUAUCCAAUACUUCAUAUUGUGCAUGAAAGAGAAACUGCAAGGUCCUUGGGCGGUAUUUCUGAAUCUGAAGUUCCUAAAAACUGUCAGCCUGUGUCUUCCUUAACUGUUUCUUCUAACUUUGAGCCAAGAAGAUCACGAAGUACAUCUCCAACUUCCAGUUCCAUGGUGUUCCGUCCAGAUGCAAUUUUUAUUUUGUUGAGAAAGGCAUUUAGAGAUUCUGAUUUGGGAGCUGUUUGCAGAAUGGCUUCAAGAAUCCUAUACAAGCUUAUAGAUCCUGUUCCAGUGCAAGAAGGGUCGAGCACUGGAAGUGAAGUUACAUCUGCUCUAGAUGAGACAUCAAAAUUUGAAGUUUUAAAUCCUGUUCAUCUAGCUAAUUACUCUAGCUUGCUUGGAGAAGAAUUUCAGAUACCUGAUGAUCAUUGGGACUCUAGCAUUCUAAAUGUCUUGGAUAUAGGGGCAGUGGAAGAAGGCAUUUUACAUGUUCUUUAUGCUUGUGCGUCUCAGCCUUUACUUUGUCGUAAAUUGGCAGAGAGCGCAUCUGAGUUUUGGUCUGCUUUACCUCUUGUUCAAGCUUUACUGCCAGCACUUCGUCCUUUUGUGAGCAACCUUGGCGAAAAUGUUGAUGAUAUCUUUUCUCAAUGGAAACAGCCUUUUGUUCAACAAGCCCUAUCCCAGAUUGUAGCAAUGUCUUGUUCGGCAAUGUACCGCCCUCUUCUUCAUGCCUGUGCUGGCUAUUUAUCAUCCUAUUCACCAUCACAUGCUAAAGCUGCAUGUGUGCUGAUUGAUCUAUGUUCUAGUGUGCUAGGACCUUGGAUGGCUCAGAUCAUUGCAAAGAUUGAUUUAACUAUGGAGCUUCUUGAGGACCUUCUGGGAACAAUUCAGGGUGCUCGCUAUUCCCCAGCUCAUGCACGUGCUGCUCUCAAGUACAUUGUGCUGGCUUUAUCUGGUCAUAUGGAUGAUAUAUUAGGGAAGUAUAAGGAAGUUAAGCACAAAAUUCUCUUUCUUCUAGAGAUGCUAGAGCCUUUUCUUGAUCCUGCCAUCUAUGCAUUGAGGAACACCAUUGCUUUUGGGGAUGUUUCUUUCACUUUUGUGGAAAAACAAGAAGAAACUUGUGUGGUUGCUCUCAAUGUCAUACGUACAGCUGUUCAAAAGCCAGGUGUUCUUUCAUCCUUAGAAUCUGAAUGGAGGCGUGGAUCAGUUGCUCCUAGCGUACUGCUCGCAAUAUUGGAGCCUCACAUGCAGCUGCCUCCUGAAAUUGACUUUUGCAAAUCUCCUAUUCCUAAAAGUUUUGAGCAUGACUCUUCAGCUGCUCUCCAUUCUUCUGUCCUUCGCCAUCCAGGAACUACUUCAAAAUCAAAUGGCAGAGAUGACAGUGAUGGGAAAGUGGACAUUUCUGAUAAUGGUGCAAAGAUGGAUAUGUUUGAAGAUGUCAGUCUUCUUUUUGCCCCAACAGAACUACGAACCAUCGUAUUGGCAAAUGUUUCUGGCAGCCCUAAUGAACACAACCUGGAUUUGAAAUGUAAGGAUGCCAACUUGGAUUUGAAAAAUGUAAUUGAGAAAAAAGUUACUGAUCUGUUUCCAGAUGGCUUAGUAUUAGAUGCUGGUUUCACUGCUGAAUACUUCAACUUGCAAGCAGACUUUUUCCAACUCAUAACCUAUCACGAUUGCGAGCUUAAGGCCUCUGAAUUCCAACGCCUGGCUUUGGACUUGCACUCACAGAAUGAAAUAGCUAUUGAAGGUCAUGAUGCUGCUAUAGAUGCUUUGCUCUUGGCAGCAGAGUGUUAUGUGAAUCCAUUUUUCAUGAUGUCUUUCAAAUCUAAUCCACAGUUGACGAGCCCAUUAGACAUUACUGAGACUAGAAGAACAAAAAUUUAUGAAGUUCCAGAGUUGGGGAAUGCUUCUAAAAGGAAUGGUUUUGACUUGGAAACAAUAACUCUUCUUGAGAAGAAAAGGGACAAAGUUGUUCUUCAGCUACUGCUUGAAGCUGCUGAAUUAGACAGGAAGUUUCAGAAAAGCACGUUAGAUGGAGAAAAUAUUCCAGAGUAUUCUGAAGAAAUUGAUGAUCAAGUCAUAAAGUUGUCUUCCCUUGAUGUACAUUCGGCAGAUGCUAUCACCAUGGUUCGACAAAAUCAAGCUCUACUAUGCAGUUUUCUGAUUUGGCGGUUGAAGAAAGAGCAACACUUGAUGCAUGAAAUUCUGAUGCAUUGCCUUGUUUUCUUGUUGCACUCAGCCACACGGCUGUACUGUGCUCCUGAAGAAGUGAUUGAUAUCAUAUUAGGAUCUGCUGAGUACCUUAAUGCAAUGCUAACAUCUUUUUAUUAUCAAUUUAAAGAAGGCAACCUGCAAUUGGAUCCAGAAAAGAUACAUGAAGUGCAACGUCGCUGGGCACUACUUCAAAAUUUGGUAAUUGCUUCAAGUGGUGGUGAAGUGUCUUACUUUUCUGUCGAUGUGAACAAUCGAUCUCGGUGUGGAAGCUUGAUUCCUCCAUCAGCCUGGCUGCAGAGAGUAUCUACAUUUUCUCGCAGUUCUUUUCCUCUUGUCAGGUUUCUUGGUUGGAUGGCGAUAUCUCGUAAUGCAGAACAGUAUAUAAAGGAGCAGCUUUUCCUUACUUCAGAUCUGUCACAGCUGACAUGUUUACUCUCUAUAUUUGUGGAUGAGCUUGCAGCAGUAGAUAAUGUUACCGAAAAAGAACAAGAAGAUAUGAAGAUUGAACAGUUAGGGGUCGGACGAGAUUCAUCAAUCCAUAAGGGGUUUGACUUUUCUGUUCAACAGCAUCGCGACCAAACUUUUCAUGCUAUCUAUCCUGAUCUUAAUAAAUUCUUUCCAAAUUUGAAAAAGCAAUUUGAAGUUUUCGGGGAGCACAUUCUGCAGGCUGUUGGAUUGCAGCUGCGAUCUCUAUCUUCCACAGUUGUGCCUGAUAUCUUAUGUUGGUUCUCGGAUUUGUGCUUAUGGAAUUUUUUGCAAACAAAUCAUAAUACUUCUCAAAAUGGAUUUGUUAAUGUGAGAGGUUAUGUUGCAAAGAAUGCCAAAGCAAUAAUUCUUUACAUACUUGAAGCCAUUGUUAUUGAGCACAUGGUCGCACUGGUGCCUGAGAUGCCUAGAGUGGUGCAAGUAUUGGUGUCUCUUUGUAGAGCCUCAUAUUGUGAUGUGCUAUUUCUUGAAUCUAUAAUGCGCCUGUUGAAGCCACUUAUAUCAUAUUCAUUUUGCAAAGUAUCUGAUGAAGAAAAAAUACUGGUUGAUGAUUCAUGUCUUAAUUUUGAGUCACUCUGCUUUGAGGAGCUUUUUGCUGAUAUCAGACAGAAGAACGAUAAUGGGGAUAUGGCUGCAGAAAAGGAGUACAGUAGAGCAUUGACAAUUUAUGUCCUGGCUUCAGUCUUUUGUGAUUUAUCUCCUCAACGUAGAAGAGAAAUAUUAGAUUCCUUAAUUCUGUGGACCGAUUUUACUGCUUUUGAGCCAACUACUUCUUUCCAUGACUAUCUCUGUGCUUUUCAGACUCUUAUGGAGAGCUGCAAAGCUUUAUUACUUCAGACAUUAAGAGUCUUCAGUGUUCUCCCACUUCAGCUUGCCCAUGGUUCUGAUAUCAAUGCAAGAUCACUUCCUAACAAUAGCUUGGAGAUGUAUUCUUCGUUUCUUAGUGAGGUCUGCCAGAAUUCUUGUCCACCAAAGAAUUGUGAGAAGAUAGAGAGUUAUAGUUUCGUUGGUGUAGUCUCAAAGCAAAAGGACGAGUAUCUAUCUGCUGAGGAAAUAGAAGACUUCUCUAAAGGCCUGGAAAAAAUCAUUGCCAAGCUUAAUACAACCAUUGAGCUCUGUUGGAAUCUUCAUCCUCGGUUGGCAAAGAAACUGGCUAUUACAUCAGCUGAGUGUUUUGUCUUCUCAAGAUGCUUAUCUUCAAUUGCUCCACAAAUUCAAAAUGCUGAGGAGGAUAGCAGUGAAAAUUCAUUCCCAUUUAAAUCUGUUGAAGAGUUUCCAGUUCAUUGGAAAAUUGGUAUAGAGGGUCUUGCUGAAACUAUUAUGAAGCUUCAAGAAAAUCGUUGCUGGGAAGUUGCAUCUCUAGAGCUUGAUUGUCUACUUGGACUACCCUAUUGCUUUUGGCUGGAUAAUGUUAUUGAUACAAUAUGUUGCGUCAUAAAAUUUUUUUCUUGCAGUGCACCAAAAAUUGCCUGGCGCUUGCAGUCUGAUAAAUGGUUGACAAUGCUAUUUGGCAGAGGUAUCCAUAGCCUUCAUGAGAGUGAUGGACCUCUCAUUGAUUUAUUUGUUACACUGCUGGGUCAUUCAGAACCUGAGCAACGCUUUGUAGCACUUAAGCACUUGGGUCGAUUGGUGGGCCAGGAUGUAAAUAGAGAAGCAGUUCUAGGGUCUAAGACAAUUUCCAGCAAUCUUCUUUCACCAGGCAUAGUUGUCUUGGUCCCUGAGCCAUUUCUGUCACUUCUGAUUUCAAGUACUUGGGAUCAGGUGGUUUUGCUGGCAUCAUCUGAUAUAUUAUUACCUUUAAGAAUUCAUGCUAUGGCACUGCUUGUAAGCUAUGUCCCAUUUGCUGCCCGUCACCAGUUACAAUCUUUUCUUGCUGCUGCUGAUAGUGUCCUUCAUGUUUUGGGAAAAAUUGUGCAUCAGACGUGUGAGGGCCCAUUACUACGGCUCUCAUUAGCACUUAUUGCCGGUGCCUGCCUAUACUCCUCUAUUGAGGACAUUUCUUUGAUACCUCAAGAAGUCUGGAGAAAUAUUGAGACUUUAGCAUUGUCUAGAACUGGAAGCAAGGUUGGUGAUCUGGAGAAAAGUGCUUGUGAAGUCUUAUGUCGAUUGAGAAAUGAAGAGGAUGAUGCAAAAGAGGCCCUGAAAGAAGUGUUCUCUUCAAGUUCCUCAAAUCAAAUUGACUCAGAGUUUGGAAGUACUCGUGAUGCAAUUCUUCAGAUCCUUGCGAAUUUAACUUCAGUUCAUUCAUACUUUGAGAUCUUCUCAGAAAAAAUUGACAAAGAGGCAAUGGAACUUGAGGAGGCUGAGUUAGAAUUGGACAUUGUUCAAAAAGAAAAUGCGCUGGAAGAAUCAUUAAAAUAUACAGAAGAAAAGAGGCAAUCGUCUUGGCUCACAGCUUCUGGCAAGCAUGGCAGCCGUCUUCAGGAAAUCAAAGAACAUAUCCAUUCCCUAGAUAAGUCCAAAAUCCGUGAACACAUUGUGGCCCGCAGGCAAAAGAAGCUACUGAUGAGACGUGACCGUCAGAAAUAUCUAGAAGAAGCUGCUUUACGGGAAGAGGAACUUCUGCGAGAACUUGAUAGGGAAAGAACAUCUGAAGCAGAAAAGGAAAUUGAAAGACAGCGGUUGCUGGAACUUGAGCGUGCAAAAACUAGGGACCUCCGUCACAAUCUUGAUAUGGAGAAGGAGAGGCAAACACAGAGAGAACUUCAGCGUGAGCUGGAGCAAGCUGAAUCUGGACUACGAUCAUCACGGCGUGACUUUUCUUCAUCCACUCACAGCAGGGCUCGGGACAGGUUCCGCGAGAGGGAUAACGGAAGACCAAACAAUGAAGGGAGUGCAAGAAGCAACAGUGGCAGUCUGCAGGCUGAAACUUCCACUAGUUCAUCUAUGUCAAUGCCUGCUGUUGUUUUGUCAGGGUCUAGAUCUUUCUCAGGCCAGCCACCGACCAUUCUUCAGUCCUGUGAUCGCAGUGAUGAAUGUGGCAUCAGUUAUGAAGAAAAUUUUGAUGGAAGCAAGGACUCGGGUGAUACUGGUAGUGUGGGAGAUCCAGAUCUGAUGUCGGCAUUUGAUGGACAAUCUGGAGGAUUUGGGCCUGCUCAGAGGCAUGGAUCUAGAGGGAGCAAGUCUAGGCAAGUAAUGGAGCGGAGAGAAAGGGAUGGUGGAAGACGUGAAGGAAAGUGGGAAAGAAAGCAUUCGUGACCAUUGUUGGUGUCCAGAGAGAUAGAUGUUAAGGAAGAGUUGUAAAUAUGUGAAAAAGAAUUGAAGCACGAGGUAGGGAUUCAUGUUGUACCAGAGUUAAGGAACAUCCAUCGAAAGGUAUUUUGCUGUACACCAUGUUCUUAUAAUCUGAAACUGUUCUAGUUCAUUCA